AUGUAAAAAGAAGAAGUCGGACACCUUAUUGUGGUCGUGAAUGGAAGCUGCGGAGCGCGGACUCGUUUCCGUGCCUCAUCUACAGUUGGCCAAUGAGAACAGUUGCUGUCCUUGGAGGAGGGAUUGGGGGUUUGGCUGCAUCCUACUACCUGUGCAAGAGCCCCCAGGUUACCAAGGUCAUUCUUUUAGAGGCAAGCAGUCGUUUUGGAGGUUGGCUGUGGUCCACUCGGAGAUCAGACGGAGCGGUGUUUGAGCAUGGACCCAGAGGGAUUCGACCUGCAGGAGCAGUGGGAUCCAACACGCUCAAUAUGGUGGAUGAUUUGGGUCUGGGAGAGGAGAUUCUGCCGGUCAGCUUCAGCCACAUUGCCUCCAGAAACAGAUACCUGUAUGUUAAUGGACAGCUGCACAAGAUGCCGUCAGGAAUCAGUGGGAUUGUGCGGACAGUCCCACCUUUCUCUCGGCCGCUGCUGCUGAGCAUCGCUGCUGAGAUACUGGUGAAUAAAACCAAGAAUGACGACGAGUCAGUCCAUUCGUUCGUUUCUAGGAGGCUAGGAAAGGAGUUAGCAGACAUAGCUGUGGACAGUUUGUGUCGGGGUGUAUUUGCAGGGGACUGCAGGAAGUUGAGUGUGCGCUCUUGUUUUCCUGUCCUCUACAACGCAGAGCAGCACAGAGGUUCCAUCGUCCUGGGAAUGCUGCUGGGCUCAGGUGAGGCUCAGGUGAUUACCCGCGGCCCUCUGGCUAAAAGAUCUAAGAAGGAGUCGUGGGCCCAGUGGUCGUUGAAGAGGGGCAUGCAGUCGUUUCCAGAAGCCAUUGCGGAGUAUCUACAACAGAGUGGGAGAGUGCAACUUCACAAAGAGGCUGUUGUUAAACAGAUUGAUCCUUCAGCCUCUGGUUGGCAGGUCCAUUUGGAGGAUGGAGUCAUAUCAGCCGACCACAUCAUCUCUGCACUGCCUGCUAAAGCUCUUUCUUCAGUCCUGCCCCGCUCCUGCCAGCCUCUUACCCAGCAGCUGCAGGACAUCUCCUCAGUAACAGUAGCUGUGGUCAAUCUGGAGUAUGACGGUUCCAUCUUGCCUGUAAUGGGUUUUGGUCACCUCGUCCCGUCAUCAGAGGAUCGAGGGUUGCUCGGGGUGGUCUAUGACUCUGUUCCCUUCCCUCAGCACAACAGACCAGAUGGACAGACUACUAGACUGACGGUAAUGAUGGGUGGGGCCUGGUUUCAGGAGGAGUUUGGGGUCCCAGAAGCUGCAACAGCAGAGCAUCUCCUAUCAAGAGCCACUGAGGCGGUGCGCUGCCACCUCGGAGUCACUGCGGCACCCAGGUGGAGUCGAGUGAUUCUACACAGGGACUGCAUACCUCAGUAUUAUGAAGGACACUUUCAGAGAGUUGAGUCCAUGCGCGGCUUCAUAAAGAACAAUAACCUAGCCCUGUCUUUGACUGGUUCCUGUUACGAUGGUGUGUCAGUGAAUGAUGUCAUCUUCAGUGGACGGACAGCUGUGGAGGAGUUGUUGGGAACUGUAGUAUGAUGAAGCUGGUUGCUAUGAAUCAUGGGAUUCAUGUGGGCGUUCCUACAGCUUUAAUCUUCUACCACCUGUAAUGCCUUGAAUGAUCUGACAUUGAUUUGUUUCGAACUUGUGUAGAAAGUACGCUCACUAAUGUAGCUGCAGGGGUUUGAAUCUAAGAUGUACCUUAAACUUUAGAUUUUUGCCUCAAUGUCACUGCUGAGCUGCUUCAGAUUGUGCAGUCUUUGUUCCCAUUGUUUUGUUUUUAUAGGAUGGUCUGUGGCGACACAGAUCAGAGAAAGUUUCACUUUAAAUGGCCAACUUGCCUACUGACAUGAUUUGCAGUUUGAGAAUUUCUUUGUUUCUGUUUCAUUGCAUUUAUUUUGAAUGUAAUUGCUGAUAAAGUUAAGCUGAUAUAACCUGCACAUACUGGCAUCAGUCGAGUUGUUACUGCAGCGCUGUCAUAAAGCUGUCCCCUCAGAAA